GUCCACGAUGCCUCCCCGAGUUGGGGACCAGGGAUGUCUCGAGCGAGGGGGGGGGUCGACCACGCCACCAGGGGUGUCGGCCUGUGCGGGAAAGGCUUGUGCAGGAUGUUGCACGCCGACUCCCACUUUCUCGGGAGUGGGUGAGCGCGCUGGCUCCUCCUCCCGUCGAGGCUCUCGCCUCCUCGGCCUUCGACGGGCAGCGCCUGACUCAGACGCUGCUUCUGCCUCGCUCGCUCGCUCUGUCCCUGGGGGAUGGUGGUGGUGUUGCUGACGCUCCUCCUCGUCCCUAUGAUCGGGAGCCUUCUCAGAGGCAUCUCGGAGGGGGCGGCGCUUGCUGAGGAGCCUCCCACCCAGCCCGCCGUGCCCCCCUCUCUCGCGCAUCCGAGCAUUGGGACUACGAGUCUCUCGACAUCGACUGGGGCAAUCAGGACGACUACGCGGUAGGUCCCAGGGUCGGGAGCGGGAAGUUUAGCGCCGUGUUCGAGGCUGUCCAGAUAUCUACUGGCAGGAGAUGUGCCAUCAAGGUGUUGAAGCCUGCCAAGACGAAGAUGAUAAAACGUGAGAUUCGAAUUUUGCAGCACAUGUGCGGAGGGCCCAAUAUCAUCAGGCUGCUGGAUGUGAUUCGGGACCCAGGUUCGCAAAAAGUCUGGGAAUCUGGACCCCGGACCCGAAGGCGAGCCUGUGCGAGCCUUGUCUUCGAGUACGUCGAGAAUGUGGACGCUAGCGUUUUGUACCCCACGCUGUCCGACUGGGACAUCCGUCACUACAUGUUCGAGUUGCUGAGAGCGGUCGACCACGCACAUUCACACGGCAUCAUGCACAGAGACGUGAAGCCUUUGAAUGUGGCAAUCGACCCCACUAACAAGACUCUGCGGCUGUUGGAUUGGGGCCUUGCCGACUUCUACCACCCAGGACAGCAUUACAGUUUCAAGGUGGCGGCGCGCUACUACAAGGGUCCUGAACUCCUGUUCGGCAUGACCCGAUACGACUGCUCGCUGGACGUGUGGAGCCUCGGAUGCAUGCUGGCUGGCAUGGUAUUCCGAGUGCACCCCUUCUUCAAGGGGGCGGACAAUUGCGACCAGCUCGAGCGCAUCGCGCGCGUGCUGGGAACCAGGGAGUUGCUGGAGUACGCAGAGAAGCAUCGGCAGGAGCUGGCCCCUAGCCUUGAGGCGGCGCUCGGCAAACACCCUGGCCAGGCAUGGUCGGAGUUCGCUACGUCCGAGAACGGGCACCUGGUCUCCGAGGAGGCCCUCGACCUGAUCGACCGGAUGCUCGUGGUCGAUCACGCCCUUCGCAUAUUGCCGAGCGAGGCGUUGAAGCACCAGUAUUUUGAGCCGCUCAGGGUUUGGGGCCAGGGAUAGCGAGACGCACUUCGUUUGUGAGGAGGCCAUCUCGUGUGCGGUCACGCUUUGCCGCCGCAUUAUGCCGAGCGAGGCGAUGGAGCACCUGUACUUCGAGCCGCUCGCGUCCCCAGGCUGAAGAUUGCCAGGCGCGCUUCGUCUAUGAGGAGGCCAUAGACCUUUCGACUGACUGCUCGUGUGCGGACGUCACGCCCUUUCUGUUUUCGCCGAGGGAUCCGCUCGCGUCCCCAGGCUGGGGAUAGCCAGGCGCACCUCGGCUUUCAAGAGGCCAUCGGCCUGAUCGACUGGCUGCUUGUGUGCGAUCACACGCCCUGCGCAGAUUGCUGAGCGAGGCGAUGGAGGACCCGUAGAGUAUUUCAAGCCGCUCGCGUCCCCAGGCCUGUGAUAGCCAGGCGGAGUGGAGCUACGUCGUUGGCCUACUUCGGGGGGCGAUGGACUUCGUCCGCUGAAGGCUCCCACUCCUUUCAUCAUCCUGUAAAUCAC